AUGUAUCGUACAACGCCUCGCUCUGACUCGGAGCCUCUAACAUGUCUUUUAUCUAGCGAUAAAAGACAUGUUACAUGCAGGAUAAAGCGCAAGCGCGAUGACGAGCAAACCCAUUACAUUAAUAUAAAGGACUAUUGGACGAAAUCAAAGAAAUGUUGUCAUCAAAUAUUAAAUAAAAAAAAUACUGCAACAAGAAGCAAAAUAUAUUCAAUUGAUAAGUCCAUUAAAGAUAUAAUUUUAUCUAACCAAUCAAAAGAAAACAAACUAUCUUCGUUGGAAAACACCUUAAAAGAAAUAAAAGAUCAAAAUGUUGAUAUUUUUAAGUCACUUGAAUUCAUAUCGAGUAAAUAUGGGGAAAUGCGAGAAAAAAUGGAGAUCUUAGAAGCUGACCGCAAGGCUAGCUUGAACUGCAUCAGAACACUAGAAGACAGGAUUGACGGCUUGGAGCGUAAAGCUCGAUCGUGCAGUAUUGAAAUGAGAAAUGUUACCCAAAAUCAGCCAGAACUUAAGUGGUAUCUCCAGAAUAUCGUAAGAAAGGAUUGCACGGAGCUCAAUGUCUCAGUUGAAGAUAGAGAGAUACGGGAUAUUUUUAGGCUUAAAUCUAAGUCUAAAGCGUCUACGCCUAACCCUAUAAUAGUUGAAUUUGCCAACGUCAACAUAAAGGAGGAAAUUCUUACCUCAAUGAAAAAGUAUCCAACAAUUUCUUUAGAUUACUCCCCGGGACGGCAAAGUCACUACAGCUUGAAUGAUACAAAAAAAGAAUAUCUACCUGAGGACCUAAACAUAAAGAAAAUGUAUAAGUUGUACUUAGAUGCAUAUGAGUCACAAAAUCAUGUAUCUUAUGAAACUUACAGAACCAUCUUUAAUACAGAGUUUAAUAUAUCAUUUGGCUAUCCCAGGACUGAUACCUGUAGUGCUUGUGAUGAAUUCAAAAUAAAAGCGAAGGCAUUGAGAGCUGAAGGAAAUAUUGUAGAACUGAAUCGGUUAACUAUUCUGAACAAUUUGCACAAGAAAAAAGCUCAAACAUUUUAUGAUCGUAAGAAAAAUGCAAGAAUCAAGAGCAAAACAGAUGUGGAAUUUCAAGCAAUUGCCAUGGACUACCAGAAGAAUGUAUCGUUGCCAAAAAUCACCACAAGCAAUGUCUAUUACAAAUGUCAAUUAUCAAUGUACUCUUUUAAUAUUCAUGCAUUGGGUGAUGCAAGCUCCUAUUUUUACACCUAUCCAGAAACCUGUGGACGUAAGGGUUCAGAUGAAGUGGUUUCAUUUCUGUUUCAAUAUUUAACAAACCACCUGGAGAGUCGUGUAAAGCAUUUAGAAAUAUUUUGUGAUUCAGCAAGUGGACAGAACAAGAACUACACAGUGAUAAGGGAUUACAAUAGGAAUAGUCUUAACAGCGUAAAAAGAAGGUUGCGUCACCGUAAAUUUAAGACAAGAUGGCCGCGUCAUCGCCCGGUUGACGAAAGCUGCAGAAGACAGAUUUAUCGACAUCUUCUGUCAAUUGCUGAAUAUUUGAGGAGUUAUGAUUUAUUUUGCUUCAUCCACAAUCGUCGCCGUCAACGUUGUCUCACACAAUGUUCAGCAUCACGCAGGGCAAUCCCAGCUACUAAAUUAACAAAGAUGAGCUAUUUAGGUGCGUCGGAGCUAUGGAUCGUUUUAACAGAAGGGAACAAUUUUUAG